CAGCUGUCGGAAAGGGGGUUAGACAACUUACAGGAACACAUUCAGCUCCGGGAGAUUUCAACUCGCGGGUCUUCGUUUCCUUCCACUCUCCGGCGAGCCUGAAAGCAAAGCGUGAGCCUUCCGAGGACCGAGAUGAGCGACAGCCCUUCCCUGAGUCCUCCAGCACCAAGCCAGGGUCCUACUACCCCACGCAAAGGGCCCCCCAAAUUCAAGCAGAGGCAGACUCGACAGUUCAAGAGCAAGCCGCCCAAGAAAGGGGUGAAAGGGUUUGGAGAUGACAUCCCAGGCAUGGAGGGGCUAGGAACAGAUAUCACGGUGAUCUGUCCCUGGGAAGCAUUCAGCCACCUGGAACUGCAUGAGUUGGCCCAGUUCGGGAUUAUAUGAAGAGUCGGGAGGCUCGGGGGCUCUCAAGAGCAACUGCUGCUCUUGAGGGUCAUUGAUUUUACCUAACUGGUCUUUCUGAGUCUUGAAACGCAGUAUUUGGAAGGAAUUUCGUUGACACCUAUGGUCCUGGCCCAUCUGACCCAUGAGUUACUGUACGUGUUCUUUCCUCAUGGUAGCUCCAACCGUGAAUAAAA